AUGGAUGAGACAUUGACUCUCUCCUUCACUAUUCAGACAACAUACCAAGCUGUCAUCGACGUUAUUCGCUCUGCGGAGGGAAUCUCUGGACUAUACUCAGGCUUGAACUCGAGCCUUCUAGGAAUAUCUAAAGGACGAAGCUCGUUGUUGGCGGCCAGAUCCUCCCCUGGCUCCAAAGGGCUCUCCACGGUUGAGUCUCUACUGAACGGAUUCAUCGCGGGCUCCGCUACGUCCAUCAUCUCCAAUCCUAUCUGGGUCAUUCAAACCCAGCAGGCAGUGAGGACAAUGGUACCAAGCUCUAACGAUCCCAAUGCUCCUGAAAAAGUUGCGGUCAUUAAGAAACUAUCGUUCAUGGAGACCGCUAUGAACAUCAUCAACAAGAGUGGUGUCGGAGCUCUCUGGAGCGGUAUUGGCCCUGCUCUCAUUCUCGUCAUCAACCCAAUCAUCCAGUAUACCGUGUUCGAGCAACUGAAGAACUCUAUAAUGCAGCGGCGUACGGCUAAGCUUCGUGCUGCCGGAUCUCCAAGGGCUGCUUCAAUGUCAGACCUCGACUACUUUAUUCUCGGUGCCCUCUCCAAGCUCGGUUCGUCCUCUUCAUUACUCAGACCCAAGCAUUGCGCAUCUAACACAGCAAUUCGCCUAGUUGCAACGUCAUUAACCUAUCCUUAUAUCGUCGUAAAGUCACGCUUACAAGCGGGUAGUGCUCAGUAUACAUCAGCGUGGGCUGGAUUACAGGCUAUCUUGGGUAACGAAGGAGUGGCUGGGCUGUACAAAGGCAUCUCUACUAAACUCAUACAGAGCGUAUUAACCGCUGCUAUCCUGUUUGCGGGACAGAAGAGGGUCUACGAAGUCACCAAACGGGUCCUUACUGGUGCCGGACUCGCAAAGAUCUGA